AUGUCCGGCCCGUUCCCAACAGUGUCCUACGCCAUGCCAAUGGCGGUUCCUGGAAAGGGCAAUCAGUACCCCACGUACACUCAUUACUCCAUGUCUCCCCCGGAAUGCGACGACGACAUGAGUUCUGCGUCGGGUGUCCCAUCCUACGGUAACAGUGGAUACACGGGCUCUGCUAGUUACAUGGGCUCAAACGACUAUGACAGCGCCAACUCGGCUAGUGGCAUUGAUUUCCAGGAGUACAUGCAAGAGCGUUUUGCAAACUCGUUCAAUCCCAUCCCACUCGACCGGAGCAUGGCGGUUCAAGCGCAAACCUCCGGAAAGUUGAAUGCGAAGCACCGCGAGCUCAUGGACCUGCAAAAGCAGGCACAGGCUCGUCUCGCCAAGACGAGGGAGCGAUUCCAAGACGGAAUGCGAGACGCCCGCGAGGUGCGGGGAGAUUUGGAGUGGACACAGAAGAAAGUCUCAUCACUGCAAGCCAAAGCUUCUCGUAAGCACCCCAAGGAGUAUCGUAAGGCUCGCGAGCGACAUCCUUCUCCCGAGUAUUAA